GCGAUCGCUGCUGACGAUUUGUCACAUCAGUUGUCAAAUGGUCUUGUCAAAACUUUUUUGAUCGAAUCGAAGGAAAAUAUUUUUACGUGAAAUAUCCGAUAAAAUGGCUGGGGCCUUAAUUCGAUUUAAUGCCCUUCCAAAGCAACAAAUAGGUCUGGUGGCCCCAAUCUUCACCACAAAGACUCGAACGAACACUAAUAGUGCCGCUCCACCGCAAGUGACCGCUCCACCACCGCAAACGAAAACAGUUUUCGGACCAUUGGCCGAUCAGGAUCGCAUUUUUACAAACUUGUAUGGACGUCACGAUUGGCGAUUGAAAGGUGCUUUGAAACGGGGUGAUUGGUACAAAACAAAGGAAAUUGUCCAGAAGGGAGCCGACUGGAUUAUCAAUGAAAUCAAGGCGUCAGGAUUACGUGGACGUGGCGGUGCCGGAUUUCCCAGUGGAAUGAAAUGGUCGUUUAUGAACAAGCCAUCUGAUGGUCGUCCGAAAUAUUUGGUAGUCAAUGCCGACGAGGGAGAGCCAGGCACAUGUAAAGACAGAGAUAUUAUGCGCCACGAUCCGCACAAAUUGGUCGAAGGAUGUUUGAUUGCGGGAAAGGCGAUGGGAGCUCAGGCAGCCUACAUCUACAUUCGAGGUGAAUUCUACAAUGAAGCGUCCAACAUGCAAUUGGCCAUUUGUGAAGCUUAUCAAGCUGGCUUGAUUGGCAAGAAUGCUUGUGGCUCGGGCUACGAUUUUGAUGUGUUUAUGCAUCGAGGUGCUGGAGCCUAUAUUUGCGGUGAAGAAACGGCAUUGAUUGAAUCGUUGGAGGGUAAACAAGGAAAGCCAAGACUAAAGCCUCCAUUCCCUGCUGAUGUCGGAGUUUUCGGCUGUCCAACAACCGUAACAAAUGUGGAAACCGUUGCUGUUGCCCCAACGAUCUGUCGCCGUGGUGGUGUCUGGUUUGCCGGUUUCGGUCGUACCCGCAAUUCCGGUACAAAAUUGUUCAACAUUUCCGGACACGUAAACAAGCCAUGCACCGUGGAAGAAGAAAUGUCCAUACCGUUGAAGGAAUUGCUCGAACGACAUGCUGGCGGUGUGACUGGUGGCUGGGACAAUUUGUUGGGCGUUAUUCCUGGUGGUUCAUCAACUCCGAUCAUACCGAAGGAUGUAUGCGACACGGCUAUCAUGGACUUCGAUGGAUUGGUUCAAGUGCAGACAUCACUGGGAACCGCCGCUAUUAUUGUAAUGGACAAAUCGUGUGAUGUGAUCAAGGCCAUUUCCCGUUUAAUUAUGUUCUACAAACACGAGAGCUGCGGACAGUGUACACCGUGCCGUGAGGGUAUUGGUUGGAUGAACAAGAUAAUGCACCGGUUUGUGACCGGAAAUGCUCAACCGGCUGAGAUUGACAUGUUGUGGGAAAUAUCCAAACAAAUUGAGGGACAUACAAUUUGCGCUUUGGGCGACGGAGCUGCUUGGCCUGUUCAAGGAUUGAUUCGACACUUUAGACCGGUCAUUGAGGAUCGUAUGAAGCAGUACAAUUUGAAACAGUCAAAGUCGGCGACAAACUAAAAAUCUUACUGAAACGAAGCAGCAACAUCUUUUCCCACUAAAAGCAAAGCGUAAAAUGUAAGUCAUGGACACUGAAUACCAAUCUAGUUUCAACUUUCAUUUUAGUUCUGUUCUUCUUAAACAAUGGCAUAAUAAUGUGUACAUACUGCAGGCUCUGCAAUAAAGAAAUUAAACGAAAA